AUGAGGAGUCCGCGAGAGCUGGCGGAUCGAUCGAAGUACUGUCGCUUCCACCGGCAGCAUGGGCAUGACACUGAACAGUGUCAGGAGUUGAAAAAGCAGAUCAAGGAGCUCAUUCGUAGAGGGCAUCUCGGCCAGUACCUUCGGUCGGACAAGGAACUUUCGUCGCACCCCGAGGGUCCCAUCGAACGACACAUCGACGUGAUAGCUGGCGGCCCCGCAUCUGGUGGGGAUUCCAUGACCAAAAGAAAGGCAUACGCCCGAGCCACCCCGGCCGAAGCUCCCAGGCACGGGCUCGAGCCCGAGGUCACUUUCCCGGCCAGAGCAUCCGAACAAUCUGAGCACGACAAUGCGCUCGUGAUAUCGGCCAGGAUCGCCAAUGCGCAAGUAAGAAGGAUCAUGGUCGAUACCAGGAGUUCGGCCGACAUACUCUACUUCGACGCCUUCCAAAAGCUCGGCUUAUCCAGAGACAACAUGAAACAGAUAUGCUUGGCGCUCACCGGAUUCACCGGUGAUUCAAUCUCACCGUUGGGGGCAAUCACUUUGCCCUUGACCCUGGGAGCCCCGCCGAGGUCGAAGACAGUGAUGACCACCUUCUUAGUGGUUGACCUCCCCACUGCAUACAACGCUAUUCUCGGCCGGCCAACCCUCAACAAAGUUAGAGUCGUCGUCUUUACUUACUACCAAACUGUGAAGUUCCCGACCCACGUCGGGACCGGAGAAGUCACGGGAAGCCCCCGAGAAUCUAGGCGCUGCUACCUGACCGUCGUCUCGUUACACAAGAGAGCAAGGGUCGAGCCACCAUUGGCGGAUCCCCGGGAGGCGAAGAAGCCAGCCCCCCAUCCUGAGCUGAGGGGGUCCACCAUCGACUUACCGCUGCUAGAGGGGCGGCCAGACCAGACGGUCAAAAUCGGAUCGGAGCUACCCGAGCAAGAACGAAGGCAGCUCGUCGGCUUCCUACAGAAAAAUGCCGACGUCUUCGCCUGGACGCCUUCUGACAUGACGGGCGUCGACCCGGAGGUCGCACAGCAUCACCUCAAUAUUUCACCCGACGCUCGCCCGGUAAAGCAAAAACCCAGAUGGCAGGCUCCUGAUCGGCAGCUGGCCAUACGAGAAGAAGUGGGUCGACUUUUGGCGGCAGACUUCAUAGAAGAAGCCAGAUACCCACGAUGGCUAUCCAAUGUAGUCCUCGUCAAGAAACCUAAUGGAAGCUGGAGGAUGUGCGUUGAUUACACCAGUCUCAACAAUGCAUGCCCGAAGGAUUGCUACCCCCUUCCAAAGGUCGACCAGUUGGUCGACGCUACGGCCGGACACGCCCGCCUCUCAUUUAUGGACGCCUUCUCGGGAUACAACCAGAUCAGAAUGGCACCCGAAGACCAAGAGCAUACGGCCUUUCUCACCGAUCAAGGGGUUUACUUUUAUAAAGUCAUGCCCUUCGGAUUGAAGAACGCCGGGACUACAUACCAGAGAACAGUGAACAAAAUGUUCGCCCACCAGAUCGGGCGGAACAUGGAAGUUUACGUCGACAACAUGAUUGUGAAAAGCCAAGAGGCAGGAGCCCACCUGGCCGAUCUGGCCGAGGCAUUCGCCAUGCUAUGCAAGUACGGCAUGCGACUCAACCCCGCGAAGUGUGCCUUCGGCGUCACCUCGGGAAAGUUCCUCGGGUUCAUCAUACACGAAAGAGGAAUUGACGCCAACCCGGAGAAAGUCCAGGCGAUCAUCAAUAUACAGUCAUCUCGGACGAUCAAAGACUUGCAACGCCUUAAUGAGAGGCUCGUCGCCAUGUCCCGUUUCCUUGCCCGAUCGGGUGAUCGCUGCCUCCCCUUCUUCAGGGCACUGAAGAACCCGAAAAAUUUUCAAUGGACGGCGGAAUGCGAGGAAACCUUCAAACAAAUGAAGCAACACUUGGCCAACCUCCCCCGAAUUGCCUUAGUCUCUCCUAGGGAGAAGCUAGGCCUCUACCUGGCUGCCUCCCAGCACGCAGUCAGUUCCGUCCUGGUCAAAGCAAAUUCCGGCGAACAGCUUCCAGUCUACUAUGUCAGCCACGUCCUGAAUGGGCCCGAGGAACGAUACCCACCGAUCGAGAAACUGGCACUUGUGCUUUCUGUGGCCGACGUCAUCGCAGAAUUAACCCAGAUCGAGGACGAGGAUCUCGAGCAACCUCCCGAAGCAUGGGUCCUGCACGUCGACGGAUCGGCCAACUCAAAGGGCGCUGGCGCAGGGCUGGUGCUGCUAGCUCCCGACGGACGGUCGUUCGAGCGCUCCCUCCGCUUCGGGUUCCAGGCCACUAACAAUGAGGCAGAAUACGAGGCACUCCUAGCAGGACUCAGGUUGGCCCUCGAGAUGCAGGUGGUUGCCAUACGCGUCCUCACCGACUCGCAACUGGUAGCCGAGCAACUCAGCUGGGGAUACGAGGCUCGGGACCCGAUCAUGGCGAAGUACCUGGCACAGGUAAAGAACAUGACCGCCAAGUUCCCUCAUUUUACAUUAUCUAAUGUCCCGAGGGGAGAAAAAGAGCGAGCCGACACGCUAGCUAAGCUAGCGUCAAAGCCAGCCCUCGAAGCCGGGCCCGAGGUCGAGGAGCUCCCUGCCCGUGCCAUCGAAAUCGCAACGGCGACCUCGGGCAGCACGCCUACCACCUGGGUACAAGAAUUGCUACGCUUCAAGCGGGACGGGACCCUUCCUCCCGACGAGGCUACAGCUCGGCGCCUACGUCGCACGCAUGCGUGGUACACCGAGGUGAGUGGACGGCACUAUAAGCGGUCCUUCACAUACCCCCUCCUACGGUGCGUGGAGCCCGACGAAGCCCGGACGGUUCUGGCUGAGGUCCAUGAGGGAAUCUACGGGGAACACAUCGGCGGGCGGACCCUGGCACACAAAAUACUUCGCCAAGGUUACUACUGGCCGACCAUGUGCCGGGACGUGAAGGCUUAUGUACAGCGGUGCAGUUCAUGCCAAGAACACGCCUACACACCCCGGCAGCCCGCGGUCCCGCUCACCCCCAUCGAUUGCGCAUGGUCGUUCGCGCAGUGGGGUUUGGACCUGCUCGGACCUUUUCCCCCAGCCUCGGGACAACGGAAGUACAUCGUCGUGGGUGUGGAUUAUUUCACAAAGUGGGUCGAGGUCGAACCACUGGUGACGAUCACGGAGCGGCAAAUAGAAAAGUUCAUAUGGAGGAACCUGGUGACUCGGUUUAGCUUGCCCAAAACCAUCAUUACAGACAAUGGGCCCCAAUUCGCCGGUAGAAGGUUCCGCGAGUUCUGCGCAAGCCAUGGAAUCCAAAGGUUCAGCUCGAUGGCCUACCCUCAGACGAACAGGCUAGUAGAGGUAACCAAUCGGUCCAUUCUAGACGGGCUCAAAAGAAGAGUGUCCGCAGCCCGAUCGGCUUGGACGGACGAACUCCUGAGCGUCUUGUGGUCAUUACGCACCACCCCCAAAACUAUGAUGGGAGAGUCCCCCUACAGCCUCGCGUUCAGAACUGAAGCUGUCUUACCACCCGAAGUAGUCAUUCCCACCCUUCGUACAAGAAACUAUGACGAGAAAAACGCGAACGAAGGGCUUUGA